AUGCUACGGCGCUGCCUUUGCCUCUAUAGCGGUUCUGUUCGGAGUUUCACGAUGCCGAAAAGGAAAGCGAAAGUUCUGACGACUUAUUUCGAAUCUAAAAAGACGAAGAUUUCGGUGGAUGUAGAUGAACCACAGCCAUCGACUGGAAAUGAAAUUCGAGGUGAUGAGGAAGAACGUCAUUGGAAAUUUCUAUGCUGGAACGUUGCAGGUCUACGAGCUUGUGCUAAGAAGGGUGGUCACAAAUCAGUUUUGGCCGAGGAUCCCGACGUGAUGUUUUUAGGCGAGACAAAGUGCAGCGAAUGGCCCGUCGAUCUGGAAAGUGCUUUCAGAGCGAAGGGCUAUCACAGGACGCUUUUGGUCUCACAAAAGAACAAGGGUGGAUAUGCUGGUGUUGCAUUUCUUAGCAAAGUAAAACCGUUGAAGGUAAGGUGCUGCUGA